GAACAAGUGAAGGCAACAAAAGUUUAGUGUACAGAGUUGACAUAUCUGUGGCCAUGGAGGAAAAAAAGAGCAGUACGGACACAAAUAUUGCUCCAGACCCAGGGGGAGCAGGAACAACACAAGAUGGCUCACGUGACCCCAACCCAGAGGAAAUCAUCUGCAGACAGCUGACUGAACAGGGCAGGUUUGCCUAUGCUGCCCUGUGUGGUGUUUCUCUGGGCCAGUUGUUUACUGGACCUGAAAACAGUGCUUUCCGGGAGCAGUAUCUGCAGGGCUUGGUCCGCCUGCUGGACCUGGAUGAGUCGGUGAUGCCGGUAAUGGGAGCUUUCCUGUCAGGGCUGGGCUUUGAAGGCUCCGACACCUUCCUCUCCAUCUUAAAUGCUGAACCACUGCUCGCUUCUGGGGCCACCCCCAUCAUACAGGAUCUGGUGUCUUUUUCUGUCAAAGACGGCCAGUAUGAUGCCAGAUCGAGGGUUCUCAUCCGCCAUGUCAGCUGUCUGCUACGUGUCCUUCCACAACAGCUGGAGGAGUUUGAGGAAACACUGGGAGAGAGGCUGAGAGAAGGAGGGGAGGAGAGCGAAGAGGAGUCCUCUCGGCGGCGGAGGAGAGAAAGAGGACGAAAGUUACGACGCUACCUCCUCAUUGGACUCGCCACCGUGGGCGGAGGGACUGUCAUUGGUGUGACAGGUGGGUUGGCAGCCCCCUUGGUGGCAGCAGGGGCCAGUGCUGUGCUGGGGGCUGGAGGGGCUGCGGCUCUGGGUUCAGCCACUGGCAUAGCUAUCAUGGCGUCUCUGUUUGGAGCAGCAGGGGCUGGAUUGACUGGCUAUAAGAUGAAUAAGUGUGUCGGAGCAAUAGAGGAAUUUCAAUUCCUGCCACUGAACUCGGGAAAGCAUCUUCAUCUGACCAUCGCAGUGACAGGUUGGCUCUGCAGUGGUAAAUACAGUUCGUUCCAGGCCCCGUGGUGCAGCCUGGGCGAGUGCGGGGAACAAUAUUGCCUGGUGUGGGAGUCACGUUUCCUCAGAGAUCUGGGCUCAGCCAUGGCCUCUCUGUUGGAUGGGCUGGUCAGCAUAGUGGCCCAGGAGGCGCUCAAGUACACCGUGCUCUCAGGCAUCGUGGCAGCUCUGACGUGGCCUGCGUCUUUGCUGGCAGCAGCCAGUGUCAUUGACCACCCCUGGUGUGUUUGUCUGAACCGCUCAGCUGAGGUGGGGAAACACCUGGCACAGGUUUUGAGAAGCAGACAGCAGGGGAAGCGGCCCGUCAGCCUCAUAGGUUUCAGUCUUGGGGCCAGAGUUAUCUACUACUGUUUACAGGAGCUUGCCAAUGACCAAGGUUGUGAAGGAGUAGUGGAGGAUGUAGUCCUCUUGGGGGCCCCUGUGGACGGCUCUGAAAAGGCCUGGGAGAGAAUGACCAGGGUGGUGGCUGGAAAAAUCGUAAACGGCUACUGCAGAGGGGACUGGCUCCUGGGGUUCUUGUACCGAAGUUCAGCCGCACAAAUGUGUGUUGCUGGGCUACAGCCAAUCAACAUCCAGGAUCGGCGUAUUAUCAAUGUGGAUCUUUCCUCCGUGGUGAAAGGUCACUUGGAUUACAUGCGUCAGAUGGACACCAUCUUGGUGGCGGUAGGAGUUCCUACCAAAGAAGUCCCAGGAGCCUCCUUUGCUCUUCCUCAGCCUGUAACAAUCACAAAGGGGACGGCCCCUGACCAAACUCCCAAUGAGCAACAAGAGACUGAGACACAAAGCCAUGCGGAGGAUGCUGAGACUGAUAUGGGAGAAUGUGGAGAGGUGAAAGAGGUGGCAGAGACAGAGGAGAUGGGUGACGGUUGGGAUAUCCCUGAUAUUUCAGACCUGCUGGACUCAUUAAAUGAUACAGAGUCAGAUAGGAACAAUUCACCUCUUACAUUGGAGGAGACUGCAACUAAUGACGACACAGCGUCCGCUUGUAAUGCCUCUUGUGACGAUGUAGCGGAUGCUGACCCUGAUAAUGAACACAUAUCGUGGAGCUGGGAUGAUACACACUGGGCUGUAGAGCACACACACAAACAAAGGGAGCCAAACUUAUAAAGAGCAUGUCACGGGACCAGCUGCUUCCUUGUAAAAUGUCGUCCUGUCACAUUUUUUUAGCAUCUGAGCUUUGUUGGAGAAAAUAAUCAUUCCUCUCUCAGCACACUGACACACCAGAGAUGGCUCAAGAGUCAAUGCACACAUAUGGCAGCCUCAUGUGAAAAAUCCCCUGAAUUAACUGCUUUGUGUAACCAUGAAAUGUUGUUUUUAGACUAAUGCAUUAAUUUAAUAACAAUAAGGGACACUGUAAAUGAAGUAGAUUUUUUACAAACUGUAAAUAGUGUCAUAAUUUAUUUUCUAAAGUGACUGUGAGAUCAAAUACCUGUGAAUAUUACUUGCAGGUUGUAGAGGAUGCCACAUAACAGGUGAUAUCUCUCUUCCUCUCAUCCGUUGGCCCGGUUGCUAUGGAUCUUAUCACAGUAAUUUAAUUUCCAUAAGGCUGGGGGCAAUGCAGCGAAUGUGUCGUCUUCAAGGCCUUCUUUUUUUUCCUCUAUUCCACCCAUGCCAAUGUGAAGUGCUAUUACCAUAGAGUUUCAGGAUGUAGUUAUAUUGUAUACUGGCACUGAUAAUACUGGAAAUAGUCCCUGACUUGUAAGUUUUAGUAAUGCACUUAUAUUGGUUUCCUCAACCAUAUUUCAUAAGUGGAAAGAAACACACAAUUCAAAAUAGAACACGGAUGGAGCUUACUGAAUUUGUGUCCAUAGAUAUUUUUCUGUGACAUUAAAAAAUAAAUAAAUACAUUUUC